AUAGACUAGGAGCUGUCCUGCUCCAAGCCUUUGACCCUUUGUUUCUUCAUCUAUAGAGAGGGAAAGAGAAAUGGAACAUAUGAUAUCUAACAACAAUUCACUUAUUCUUUCAGCAACUAUUUGUUGAGAAUUGACUAUGUCUCAAGCACAGAGCCAGGCACUUGGAGAGAGUGCUGGAACAUGGUCUUGCCCUCCAAAAGUUUACAUUCUAGUUGGGGAGACAGAUAAAAAGGCAAUCACAGCUUCACAUGAGCCGGGUCUCUGUGUCAGUCUGCUCAGGCUUCUAUAACAAAAUACCACAGACUGAGGAACUUAAACACCAGAAAUGUAUUUUCUCACAAUUCUGGAGGCUGGAAGUCUAAGAUCAAGGUGCCAGCAGGGGUCUCCUGAGGCUCUCUUCCAGGCCUGCAGACAGCCACCUAUGUGUCCUGACAUGGCCUUUUCUCUGUGUAUGCACAUCCCUCUUAUAAGGACACCAGUCACUGGAUUGAGGGCCACUCACAUAAACUCAUUUAACCUUAACCACCUCUUUAAAGGCCCUAUAUCCAAAUACAGUCCCAUUCUGAGCUACGCUGGGGGUUAGGAUCCAACACCUAAAUUUGAGGGGCCACAAUUCAGUCCAUAACAGCUUCUAUGACAGGGAGAGAACAAGGUGCCAUGCAGGUGCAGAGCAGGGGCCUCCACCCCAGACUGGGACCCACGAGGCCUCUUGAGGAAGAGAGUUAAGCUGCCGAGGACUGAAGAAUGAGGCUGGAGGCUGAGCUGCUACUAUUUUUAAUUAAUUAAUUAAUUAAAUGUUGGGGCUGCACCACAGCAUGCAGGAUCUAAGUUCCCCAACCAAGGGUCGAACCCGUGCCCCCUGCAGUGGGAGCGUGGAGUCCUAACCACUGGACUGACAGGAAAUUCCCCGAGCUGCUACUUUAAUGAAUACAACUGUGUGAAGCACUAACCUGGAGUUAGUGGGUGGUCCUCUUUAACCCGGAUUACACGCUUCCUGCAGGCAUUUGCAUUUGUAUCUGUUACUCUUUGGUGGGCUCAUUUAUUUUUAAACCUAUUUGGCCUUUGGUAGGUGUGACAUACAAAAAGGAACCCCAAAGCAUCGUUUCAGAGGCCGGUGUGCCUUGGGCAAGCUACCUUUCCUUUUUGCCUCAGUUUCCUUAUUGGUACAAUCAGGCCAUUGGCAUCUAUUACUUCUCAGGCCCUAACGUGCCGUGAUUAUAGGGAAAUCCUUAGACAUAUUUGGUUACAUCUCUAAAAUACUGUGCUGACACUUUAGAAGCUUGGGGAAAGGGAGCUGUGGAUUCUGUAGCCAAAUACUGUAUUUACUUUUGGAGCAUUAUUACUAAGAUUUCUUCUUUUUUUUUUCCUGUCAUGACAACAGAUUGAUAAAGGGGAGUCAGGUGACAGGUGUCAAUCCAGGCACUCACACCAGUGUUGCAUGACUUUUAGCUACUCCAGGGUGACUUUUGUUCCUUAGGCCAAGGUGACAACUCGACUCUUUUUGGGUCUGUGGGAGGGGGAAAGGGCUGCAAAAGCAAUAGAUGCUCAUUGUGGGGGAAAAAAAUGAAAUCAAACAUUUCAUAAAGGUUUAACAUGAAAAAGUAAGUCCUCCUUUCCACCAUUCUAUACCUCAGGGGUAUCCACUGUUACCCAUGUUUUCCAGACCUUUUCUAUUCACACCCAGAUAGGUACAUACAUGUUUCUCCUUUUUUACAAAAAUGGGAUUACACUAUAUAGAGAUCUAUAAUUUUCUUUUUACUCAAUAAUAUGUCAUAGACACUUUUCUGUACCCAUAAAAAAGAGUACCUCCCCUCUUUCUAAAGCUGACAUAGUAUAACAUAGCAUGUGUCAUCCAUUUGACUAUUUUCCAGGUCCUCUCCAAUUUUUUUCUAUUAUGAAUGAUCCUGCAAUGAACAUUCUUGUAGAUAGAUGUAGCCUUGGUUGAGUUAGGAUAGAUUCCUAAAGGUAGAAUCACUGGAUCUCAAGUUCAUUUCUACGAUGUAUUUCAUUUUACAGAGAAGAUUUCAGGCAAGUCAAGUAAGACUUUAAAAAUGUAUAUGUAUGUAUGGAGAGCAUCUCAUUUAGAGUCUUUUGAACCACAGCAUGAAAUAAUUUCUUAAAAACCAGCCAAUUACUAGAGCAGUAUUAUAUCUCCUUUUUUUUUUCUUUGUUAGUGGGCUCUGAUUGGCUGGGAAACCAGCCUCCCCCUGCUCCCUGCUUCCUGCCUGUCGCCGCGGCUGUGUGAUCAGUGUGGGGAACUCCUGACUGCAGGCCCUUGAGUGCCCUCUGGGCUCGGGGGCCCUGGUGGCUGCAGCGCCUCCAGCUAGCACUCUGGGCUCAGAAUGAGCUAUAGUUCAGACUGCCAUUUGUUUUCUCAAGGGCUUGAGAUUGAGAGUGGGAUUGCAGCAGUUUUCACUCUCCCUAAUAUUUCUUUUUGCAGACUCCUAUUGUGCGAGCCAGAUAUUCAACUAAAAUCAGAUCCUAAUGGUUAUGCUGGGUGCUUAAAAUCUAAAGGUGCUAUAAAUUAUUCAUUAGUUCUUCUACUCAUAAGGAAAACUGCCCAGCAAAAGUCUCUGCAGCUUUUCAUUCAAAAUCUCAUUUUUUUCCACAUUGGGUCACGGUGUGUCACUACCUGCUCCAGAUUCCACUAAAGGUAGGGCUUCCCUGCCACCUCCCAGCACACAAGGGGUUAAACUCAACUCCCUGAGCCCACCUUCCCAAACAAAAGUCAGUUUUGCAAGUUAUUCAGCAAGGUGGCUUUCAGUAGGUUCUAUUUAAUAAAGUUAAUACAGGCUCCUCUGCCCCUCCUCUUUUUCCCCUCUUACUUCUCCGUUGUGAGUAUUCACGGAAUCUGGAUCUGCCAGCUACUUCUGUUUGAAGUUGAAGGCUUGGCAAAAUUUUACAUGAAGCAGGCAAGAAAUAAAGUGGAAAUGUCUACAAGUAACAGUGAAAUCUGUUACAUUGUUCUGACUUAACUACUGGGGGGAAAAGAGUCCUACUGUCUUGGCAACUGUAAAUACAUUUUAGCAAUGGUCAAAACUUUUAGAACAGCUAAAAGAUACCUGAAACCUGAUGUCUGUCUUGCCACUCUUAAUUAUAUAUAUUGACAUUAAAGAUAUCCCACUCUUCAUUAAGUGCUGUGUAAUUUUCCUUUUGAGUUUUUACAGUUAGUGUUUUAUGUGAGUCCUUUAUAUGGCCAAGUAGCCAGUUUACCCCCUGCUGCCUUUUACUCAGGUAAAAUUGGAAAUGAAUUCAUUAGAUCAAUUGCAGCAACUCUAAUUUGAAAUCUUGAAAAAUGCCUUGCUAAUUAAGAAAUUUCCAAUCAAGUAGACUUCUAAAUCUCAGGUUGUUAUUUCUUUCAGGUCUUUAUACAUAUCCUUAUGAACCAUUAGCAGUCACUCCUACUGACUUUGUAAGAUUGUGUCAGGCAAGCACUGUGUUUUUUAAACCUCAUUCCUCUCCCCAUCUUACUCCAUGUUUAUUCAUAUUUUUUCAUAAGGCAUUAUGUUUAUCCAAUAGCACUUUCAAAACUAUUGUUUUUUAAAGGCUCCAAGAUACAACUGGAAUACAAUUCCAAUGCAUCUGUUUUCCCUUUCUCCUUAUUAAAAAAAAAUAGAAAUUCAUAUAAACAUACAAAACCAUGUGAAGGUAGGUAGUUUCCUUUCCCACAUAGCAAUAACUUCCAUUUCUAUCUGUUAAUAACUUAUUUGGAACAGCUUACUUUGUUAAGCAGCAAUGCUGAUCCAGUUAUGCAAAUUAAGAUACAUUAAUUUGAAUAAUACUCAAGGUCACUUUGUAGUUUCCUGAGAGAUUGUUUUGAAAAGUCAGUUUAAGUCAGUUAAGCACGCUGCUUACCUUAGAUGCUAUUUAUUAAUAAAAUUAUUGUAUUUGACAAAAACUUUGGUUUUGAACAAUGUGAACAAAGAAAUGUUAAUUUCUAAUUAUUUUAUAUAUAUCUAUUGUUUUAUUAUUUAAUUUCUCCUCCAAUACCUGAGUUGUUUUGUGAAUGAUUGGCUAUAGAUACAUCCCUUAACACAUAUUUCAUCUAGUCCCUUUUGUAAAAAUGUAACAAGGUCAUUUUACAUUUUUAAACCAUAAAGUGGUUUAAAAAUGCAAAGUGAGCUUAAAUGCUACUCUUAACUCUUCCUAACUUUUCCACUGGGAAACCCUAGAAAACUGAAUUAAUGAAAUGCAACUUAUGCUUUUUAAAUUCUAAUUAUAACUGUCACAUUAAAUUGAAGGUGAGACUAAAACUGCUAUAUCUGUUAACUAAGUCAAGUGAUGUACUAUAUCAUACGUGUUAUUUAAUGUGCGAAUGUUAAAAGUCAAGUUCCCGGCAGAAAUCGAAGUACCUCCAUUCUGUCUUCAGGGAAUGUAUAAAUUAACCAUUCUGCCCCAAGCGGUCCUCCUCCCUUCCUCCCUCCGCCCUAUUUUAAAUGUAGAUAGGGCAACCCAAGUCUUUUGAAUUUGAAGGGCUGCUAUCUCGGCCCCAUUCUUUUCAUCAUCCUGUUUUGAAUGACACUGAGCACGUAUGGAUUCUUUUAUAAAAGCACCCCCUGGAUGCAGGGCUUGGUUCUCCCGGCUGCUUGCUAAUUUUGCAUAGCAAUUAGUACUGACUUCUCAGAAUCGGCUAUCCAAAUACAGUUCGAGAACGUUCCACGUAGUUCCUCAAAGGUCUUAGAUAACCUCUUGCCCCUUGAUUUCAAACCCGAAGGGGAAGAACUUGCAUAAUUGCUAAAUUCCCAGUUGGAGCGGUCUGGCAGAGGAUACGUAAUCCAAAACUAUACGUUAAUUCAAACCCUCCCCGCGCCUGGGCAGCAAGGAGCCAGCAUAUGCCUUCUUUUAAAAUCUAUUCUACCAAUUCACUGACCGCGCAGGGCUGGGCCACAUGGCCCUUCCUUGCAGCCAGUCAGCUGUGAGCAGCAGAUGGGAUAAUUUGCAUUUUUCUUUUUAUACUUUCUUCGACCGGCAAAUUAAAGGAUUUUUUAAAAAUUUACAUUCUCAUUGUUUGCCUUAAAUAUAAACAUGGCUUAACUGCUGCGUUGGGCUUCCCUGACCCUCACACCCCACACUCCUUCAAGUCAGUGAGACUUGAGAAAAUACCCGAGCGGUAGGUUUCGUGUUUAUCAACUUGGAAUCUCCAGUCCGGGAGUCAUGAAUAGAAAGAAUCAGCUUUUACUGAGUUGGUGACUCGUGUUUUUCUAUUUUAAGAGCUUGGCGCAGAUACCCCGUGGGUUUGUCUGUGGCAUGUGGGUCUGCGAGCGCGCGCACUUCUGAAUCUCUGGGUCUGCGGCCUCAAACCUCAAAACUUCGGGUUACAAGUAGAAGGCAGAUUUUUAGCUCUCAGGCUUACAAGAGAGGGCGGCCACCCUGCUGGGGGAGUGGCCUGAGCCAGUGUUUCCCAGCGCCGGGGUCGCUCUCCCGCGGCCCGCCAGACUCCAUGCCGGCUCCGCGGGGCCGCUGGGUCCCCGCGCCCCGAUGUCUUUGUGCCGAUCGCGGCGCGGGAACACUCGCCCGGGGGGCCAGGGCCACGGCGGAGAUACCAAAAAUGCUGUUGAGGCGCGGGCGCGAGGGGAGGCGCCCAGUACAGUCGCCGAUCCGCGGAGGAAAAAAAAAAAAGUAGAAAAAGAGGCUUUUCAGGUCAAACUCCUCGUAUCUAAGAAACCACGUUUUAGAGAAAUGACUCGCGAUGGGGAGAACACACGGUGUGCAGGGUACAUUGUUAGCCAGCGCUGGCCCGGCUCACCGUGGGUGCGCGGCCGCCGCUCCCCGCCCCGGGCAGCGGGCGCGGGCCCACGUGGAGCCGCGCGGUACCGGAUGAGCGCGCCGGGCAGCCCGGGUCCCCGGAGUGCGCGCCCCAGCUCCCUGCCGCGGCCGUUCACGCCCGAGCGCCGCCGCCGGUCCCGCGUGUGCCCCGCUGAGGGGGAGGGGCGGGCCGGGGGUGGGGGCGGAGGGGUUGUGGUUCCACUGCAGCGGGGGCUCCUGUGUCCUUGUGCGGAAAUGACACACGGAGUCCCGUCACGUCACGCGAGAGCGCAGCGCACGGACACACACAAAGAGAGGGGAAAAUACACGGCGCCCGCCCGCUGCCCCCAGCAACUCCCCGGGCCGCCCCGGCCUGGCCCUCCGCGCGCGGCCCCCACUCCCCAGCCCCGCGCUCCCCCCAACCCCCACGUGGCGCCCCAACUCGGCGCGGGCCCGCUCUGCAAAGUACAGAACUCGUGUCCCAGCUGUUCUGCAGCCUCUCACUUGAGGAGACGGCUUAUGUGACGGGGCGGCAGGGCCUCCCGGGGAAGAUGGCAGCUCACCUGCGUCUCCUUGAGAAGCCCCCUGUCUGGGCUGCGAAUCAGCCCUGAGUUUCUGCCCAGCGUUCGCCAACCUUGCUGUCUGAAAAGAGUACUGGUGCACACCUAACCUGCCUGGGACUCCCUCCCCUCAGAGACACCCAAACUGGAAUAGAAGAUGAAUGCAACUGAAUUCAGUGAAGAUGUAGAAGAAGUUCUGAAAAAUAACUCUGUGAAAGUGGAGACAGAGGCCGAAGAUGCUGCCCUGGACUGCUCAGUGAAUUCCAGGUCCUCCGAGAAGCACGCUCUGGACAGCGUCUUCACUGGCCUCCAGGACUCCAGCAAGAGAAAGCAGCCGGGCGGCGAGGGCCCGCCGGACUCCGUCCCAAGCGUGAAGAGGCGGCGGCUGAUUCCCGAGGCGCUCCUAGCAGGCAUGCGGAACCGGGAGAACGGCUCGCCCUGCCAGGGCAACGGGGAGCAGGCAGGCAGGGGCAAGAGCUCGGGCUCCGCGUGGCCGGGCGAGGAGGAGCCCAGCAACGACGUGACCACGCCCUCCUACAAGAAGCCUUUGUAUGGCAUCUCGCACAAGAUCAUGGAGAAGAAGAACCCUCCCACCGGAGACGCGCUUAACAUGUUCGAGCUCUUCGAGAAGGCGAACCCCAGGAACAGCCCCUCACCACUGCGGCUCCUGAACGAGCCGCAGAAGCGGGACGGCGGCGGUGCCGCGGCAGCCACCGACAGUGACCCCAACAUCUACUUUCUCAUCCAGAAGAUGUUCUACAUGCUCAACACGCUCUCCUCCAACAUGUCGCAGCUGCACAGCAAGGUGGACCUGCUCUCCCUGGAGGUGAGCCGCAUCAAGAAGCAGGUGAGCCCCACCGAGAUGGUAGCCAAGUUCCAGCCGCCCCCCGAGUACCAGCUCACGGCAGCCGAGCUCAAGCAGAUCGUGGACCAGAGCCUGUCGGGCGGCGACCUGGCCUGCCGCCUGCUGGUGCAGCUCUUCCCUGAGCUCUUCAGCGACGUGGACUUCUCCCGGGGCUGCAGCGCCUGCGGCUUUGCGGCCAAGCGGAAGCUGGAGUCGCUGCACCUGCAGCUCAUCCGCAACUACGUGGAGGUCUACUACCCAUCAGUGAAGGACACGGCCGUGUGGCAGGCUGAGUGCCUGCCCCAGCUGAACGACUUCUUCAGCCGCUUCUGGGCCCAACGGGAAAUGGAGGACAGCCAGCCCGGCGGCCAGGUCGCUGGCUUCUUCGAGGCUGAGCAAGUGGACACCAGCCACUUCCUGGACAACAAAGACCAGGAGGAGGCCCUGUCCCUGGACCGGAGCAGUACCAUCGCCUCGGACCACGUGGUGGACACGCAGGACCUAACUGAGUUCCUGGACGAAGCCUCGUCGCCAGGGGAGUUCGCGGUCUUCCUUCUGCACCGGCUCUUCCCCGAGCUCUUCGACCACCGAAAGCUGGGCGAGCAGUACAGCUGCUACGGGGACGGAGGCAAGCAGGAGCUAGACGCACAGAGGCUGCAGAUCAUCCGCAACUACACGGAGAUCUACUUCCCCGACAUGCAGGAGGAGGAGGCCUGGCUGCAGCAGUGCGCCCAGCGCAUCAACGACGAGCUGGAGGGCCUGGGGCUGGACGCGGGCAGCGAGGGCGAGCCCCCGCGGGACGACUGCUACGACUCUUCCAGCCUUCCCGAUGACAUCUCCGUGGUCAAGGUGGAAGACAGCUUCGAGGGCGAGCGGCCCGGCCGGCGGUCCAAGAAGAUCUGGCUGGUGCCCAUCGACUUCGACAAGCUGGAGAUCCCGCAGCCCGACUUCGAGGUGCCUGGCGCCGACUGCCUGCUCAGCAAGGAGCAGCUGCGCAGCAUCUACGAAAGCAGCCUGUCCAUUGGCAACUUUGCCUCACGCCUGCUCGUGCACCUGUUCCCCGAGCUCUUCACCCACGAGAACCUGCGCAAGCAGUACAACUGCAGCGGCUCGCUGGGCAAGAAGCAGCUGGACCCGUCCCGCAUCAAGCUCAUCCGCCACUACGUGCAGCUGCUCUACCCGCGGGCCAAGAAUGACCGCGUCUGGACACUGGAGUUCGUGGGCAAACUGGACGAGCGCUGCCGGCGCCGGGACACGGAGCAGAGGCGCUCCUACCAGCAGCAGCGCAAGGUCCAUGUGCCGGGCCCGGAGUGCAGGGACCUGGCCAGCUAUGCAAUCAACCCCGAGCGGUUCCGGGAGGAAUUUGAGGGGCCCCCGCUGCCCCCCGAAAGGAGCAGCAAGGACUUCUGCAAGAUCCCCCUGGAUGAGCUGGUGGUGCCCUCGCCCGACUUCCCGGUGCCUUCGCCAUACCUGCUGUCAGACAAGGAGGUUCGCGAGAUCGUGCAGCAGAGCCUCUCUGUGGGCAACUUCGCCGCGCGGCUGCUCGUCAGGCUCUUCCCCGAACUCUUCACCGCCGAGAACCUACGGCUGCAGUACAACCACUCCGGGGCGUGCAACAAGAAGCAGCUGGACCCCACGCGGCUGAGGCUCAUCCGCCACUACGUGGAGGCCGUGUACCCGGUGGAGAAGAUGGAGGAGGUGUGGCACUAUGAAUGUAUCCCCAGCAUCGACGAACGGUGCCGCCGCCCCAACAGGAAGAAAUGCGACAUCCUGAAGAAAGCCAAGAAGGUGGAGAAGUGAUGGGCGCCGCGGGCACUGAGCGUUCUGCUGGAGCCCGCGACGUGUCCACAGCCGCGCACCUUAUGUCGGCGGGGAGUGGCCUGCUGCACUUGCACACGUGACCGCCCCGCCGGCCACGGCCGCGAGAAAGAAGCCUCGCAUUUGGCCUCUUGUACUUACGACUUUUGUCCUGUGUUCCUGGUGGUACAGCCAGAGUCGGGGGAGGGCCAAGCUGUGAUAGAAGAGAGGCCUCAGGAGUCAGGGUUCCCUCUCCUCGGCAGUGUCCUCCCAGUCCCCUCACAAUUUGAAAUGCAAAUCGAGCAACCCUCUUGGUCCUCUUCCCACGUUUUACAUCUUCCACUUUUAUCAGUUUUUUUUAAGUUAAAAAGAAACCUUUUUUAAGAAAAUCAUUGGGCUCUGUGGAGGCCAUUUUACUUAGAAAAAAAUCUUUUAAAUAUUUGAGAUGAAGUACUGUAAGAUGAAUUCAGUUGCUGGGAAUUUUUUUUUAAAGACGGUUUCAGAUAAAUGAAAUGUUUAGAAGUGCCAUGAUCAUGUGUGUGGCUAAUUAAUAGCUUCAGGUGGCCAUGAUCAUGCAUGUGGCUAAUAGCUUCAGGUGGCCAUGGCCAUGAUCAUGCCUGUGGCUAACAGCUUCAGGUGGCCAUGAUCAUGUGUGUGGCUAAUUAAUAGCUUCAGGUGUCCAUGAUCAUGCCUGUGGCUAAUAGCUUCAGGUGGCCAUGAUCAUGCCUGUGGCUAAUAGCUUCAGGUGGCCAUGAUCAUGCGUGUGGCUAAUAGCUUCAGGUGGCACAGAGAUGGAUUUACUGACC